AUACGGUCACACUCCCCCACCCACACUUAGUUUCUAAAAGGAAAAAACAAUAACAUAUCCGGCGAAUUCCCCGCUCCAUCUGACUAAAAUGAGGCUCCAACGGCAGUGCAUUGUGGUCAACAUGCGUUCGGCCAUUGUCCUGAUCAUGAUCUUCGUGCUGACGGGGAUCAGGAACAGCGAAACGGCUAGCGGUGGCAACCAGAUGGAUUUAUCGGAUGCAAAAGGCGAUCACAAGGACAACAGCAAUGCAAGUAAUGGCAAUGGAAAUGCCAACGAUAACGAGGUGUAUGUGCCGCCAUUGGUGUCCAGCAUGGUGGCCAAGAGUGGAGGAGGAGGAGCCGGUGGACUCCUGGACAACAUAACCGCCUACAGCGGCAGCAGCAGCAGUAGCAAUGGGAACAACAACAUGCUGUGCCCGUACGACAAGGAAACGCCCUGCGAUCGCCUACAGUUUCCCUGCAUCCGAUGCAACUACAACCAUGGAUGCAUCUACGGUCGGGACUUGAAUGUCACCUGCGAGGUGAUCAACAAUGUCCAGUGCCUAGGCGAACGGAGUUUCCAGCGACAAAUGAACUGCCGAUACUGCUACCAAACGGAAAUGUGGCAACAGAGCUGUGGUCAGCGCUCCAGUUGCAACUCGGCGACGGAUAAACUAUUUCGUACCAACUGCACCGUGCACCAUGAUGUACUCUGCCUUGGUAAUCGAUCCUUUACCCGUAACCUGCGCUGCAAUUGGACGCAGGGCUAUCGCUGGAGCACAGCUCUGCUGAUUAGCCUCACACUGGGUGGCUUUGGAGCCGAUCGAUUUUAUUUGGGCCAUUGGCAGGAAGGAAUUGGUAAGCUGUUUAGCUUUGGCGGCCUCGGCGUCUGGACCAUCAUCGAUGUCCUGCUCAUCUCGAUGCAUUAUUUGGGGCCAGCGGAUGGCUCACUUUACAUAUAGUUUAGUUCUACAGGGGUUAAUGUAUUGAUAAAUAGAUAAGCUAACUUUUUCCAUUACCGUGUACAUAAUUACGAAUGCAUAUUAAACAUAAGAAAUUAGAAAGGGAUCGUGACAAAAUACCUGUAUAUAAAUAAUUAAUUACGCCACAAGUUUGUUUUUGUAUCUUUUAUCUAGCACAAUGUUACGAAGUCCUUUUAUCAUUUUUAGUUCGUAUCAAUAAAUAAGUGGAAGAGAA